AGGAACCUGUUGUGACACGAGGUCAGGCCCAAUCUAACGACAACAAGAACAACAACAAACAAAAGACAGCAAGACCAACCCUUGUGCCAGCCAGAGCAACAACAAUUGCAAGCAAAUCAAAACCUGUCUUAACCUUGCUUGAUCAUUCCUCCACAGACUGACCAAAUCAAAUGAACAAGAGGAGCAUCUUAUGACACAAGGUCAGCCUCAAUUAACAACAACAACAACCCUUGUGUCACCCAGAACAACAACAAUUGCAAACAAAUUAAAACCUGUCAUACCCUUGCUUGAUCAUUCAUCCACAGACUGAUCAAAUGAACAAGAGGAGCCCGUUGUGACACGAGGUGAGCCCCAUCUAACAACAACGACAAACGGCAGCAAGAACAACCCUUGUGCCAGCCAGAACAACAACAUUUAUAAGUGAGAGCCGCAGAGGAGGCCCUCCAUACCUUGGCCGAUCCUCUGACGUUGUGAAAGUGAGCAGCUCUCUCACUCAGUCUCAGCUGAUGGAGGGUUUCAAGUGACCAAAACAAAAACAACAAUGGCAGAGUCGACGACUUCAGGGGAACAAUUACAAAACCUGAAAUAUUCCAUCCAUAAAUAUUCGACGUUUUCCGCCAAUUUUGUACCAGAAAAUAUAUUAGAAGAUAAACCAACUGAUCAGUCCUCCCGAUGGUCGUCAGAUUCCAAUAACCCUCCACAGUAUUUAAUAUUGAAAUUAGAACAUCCAGCUGUGGUAAAGACGAUAACGUUUGGAAAAUAUGAAAAAACCCACGUGUGCAAUGUUAAGAAGUUUCGAGUUUAUGGUGGUCUAUCUGAUGAUAAUAUGGUGCUUCUUUUAGAAAGUGGACUGAAGAACGACACUGUUUCUGAAACCCUCGUUUUAAAAACAUACCGUGUCUGGUCACCAAUUUCCUUUACGUUUUGUCAAGAUUGUUCCACUUCAGGUAUGACUUUUCACUUUUCACUUUUGUUCAAUGAAGAUAUUUUUUAA